AAUAUUUGUGCUGCAAAGAACAAUGAUGGUGAGAACGAUGAACUCAUGUGGAUCAAAGAUGUCGCAGGGGAUGCCUUCAUGAUUAAAAAUUUUAUCAUGAAUCACAGCAUGCGGCUAUCAAUGUUCAAUGAGUAUAGUAAGCUCAAGUUUCUUGCAAUUGCUGACACAAGAUUUGCAUCACAGAUUGUCAUGUUGAAGAGGUUCCUUGUUCUCAGAGAUUCACUUGUGUUAAUGGUUAUUGGUGACAAGUGGUCAGCUUAUAGGGAUGAUGAUAAGGAGAAAGCAAGGUUUGUAAAAGAAAAGUUGCUUGAUGAUGUGUGGUGGGACCAAGUCAGAUACAUUGUUGAUUUCACUGAGCCCAUUUAUUCAAUGCUACGUGGCGCCGACACUGACAAGCCAUCCCUCCAUUUGAUUUAUGAGAUGUGGGACACCAUGAUAGAGAAGGUGAAAGAUUGCAUUUAUCGCCAUGAGGGAAAGAGGCAUGAUGAAGAAUCUGUUUUUUAUGAAAUUGUUCAUGGCAUUUUAGUAGCUCGAUGGGCAAAAAGCAACACCCCUCUUCAUUGUUUGGCACAUUCUCUGAAUCCAAGGUACUAUACUCCAAAUUGGCUUUCUGAAGCUGAAGGUCGUGUGGCGCCCCAUGAUGAUGUUGAAAUUUCUGACAUGAGGAACAAAUGCUUUAGAAAGUUAUUUCCCAUUCCGGAGGACCUUAUAAAAAUUAAGCAGCAGUUUGCUAAAUUCUCUCUAUUUGGAAGUGGCUUUGAUAGCCCUGAUUCAAUUGACGACAGAAACAAUCUUGACCCUAAGGAAUGGUGGGGCAUUCAUGGUCAAAGGACCUCAGAGUUGAAACUUUUAGCUUUCAAGUUGCUUGGGCAGCCAUCAUCUUCUUCUGCAUGUGAAAGGAAUUGGAGUACCUAUGGUUUCAUCCAUAGCAUAAAGAGAAAUAGGCUCACUCCUAUGCGUGCCGAGGAUUUAGUGUUUAUCCACAGCAACAUGCGUCUUCUUUCAAGAAACUCUGAUGAAUAUUUGAAGGGCCGAAGUCGCAUGUGGGAUGUUGGAGGAGAUGCCUUUGAUUCCUUUGAUGGUGCUGGUAUUCUUGAACUAGCUGAUCUCUCACUAGAUGAACCAGAAUUUGAGGUCAUGCUUUUUGAAGAUGGAGAAUUCUGAUACAGAGCCAUCUCAAUUAUUUGGCCUUGUGCCUUGUAUCCUGUAUGAUGUAGUGCAAUAUUUAAACUUGUAGUCUAGUAGUAAACUAGUAUUAUCUAUUUGAAUUUGAACUCGAUUUGUUGGUAUGAGGAAUCAUUCAUAUCAUUCUCUAUAAUUGCUGCAUUCUUAGUUUUAAUUUAUAUAUAUCGGCGUAUCGGCGUAUCCUUAUUUUUUGAAACUCCCGUAUCCCCGUAUCAGCGUACCCGUAUCGGCGUAUCCGUAUCGCGUAU